AUGUCGCUUCCUGCCAACCUGGCCAAUGUCGCCGGGCUCCACCACCAAGAAACCAGCCCCGACCUCCACAUCUCGCGAGCCGCCACCAAAACACCGCCAGGCAAGAAAAACCAUCUGCGCCGAGCGCCGCACGCACGAUCUCAGUCGCAUACGAAGAUGCCCAUCAAGCUCUCGACCUCUGCCUCGGGCAGCAAGCCGCAUUUGAACCGAUCCAAGUCCAGCGAUGGAAUCUUGCGCACGGGCCGGGCUGGGAUCAGGAGCAACCGGUCCUUCACAAAGCUCUCGGGCUUGCACCCGUUGACGAAGACGCUUCUGAACGGGUCGAUGAGCCGUGCGACGGGCGGGCUUGUGCCCUUGACCAAGACGCUUCUGAAUGGGUCGCUCAAGGGCUUGGCGCCGCUUACCAAGACGCUUCUGAACGGCUCAGCCAAGCAGAAUGCGUUGUGGAAAACCACGCUGAACGGCCUGGGAAAGGCGAUGAAGAAAACAGCACUGGACCAUCUGAUUCGGUCGUUGAAAGCAUCUGGCUCUGGGAAAGGCUUUGCUACCCCUGCAGGGCUCAAGACAAGCUCCAAACGGGGAAGGGCCAUAUUGAAGUUGAACGAGGAUACAGGGAAUGAUUACGAGGACUUGAGCGCCGAUAGUUCAGACAGCGAAGCAUACGAGCCCAAAAACGAGCCAACGGAUCCCACCACCGAAACAAAUGGAAUAGAAAACGGAGGUCGAAUCGACCACGUUGAGAAUGCCCCAUCGAGCCAUAACGUCCAAGGCCUAAACGGCCAAGGCCAUAACGCCCAAGGCCAAAACGUCCCAAGACAGGACCUUAGUCAGAACGUCGCAAGCCAGGACCUUAGUCAGAACGUCCCAAGCCAGGACCUUAGUCAGAACAUCAUUCAGACCACCAACAAGGAUAUAAAAAACGAGUAUGAAACCUGGAGAGAACCGGCGGACCGAGAGCAGAAAAACAGAAAUGACGCGGCAUCGGUGUCAACUGAAAAUUCCGACGACCUAUCUUCAGCUCUCUACAGCGGAUCGCUUCUUCUUUCGCAAUCGACGGGCCUUACUAGAAAAGUUGGCCCUGUGUCGAGAAUCUACGAGGGAAAAGAAGACGUUGGCGCUGAAGAGCUGAAAACAGAGUCGUAUCAGCCUAACCAGACCAUAUUCAGCAAUCUACAGCGGACAAACACGCAAUUUUUAAACAGCAUACGGCAACCAGCGCCGCCCGAAGAAAAAAAACCGGCUGUCGACCAGUUCAACCAGUCUUUAGGAGCCGACUCGAGCAAAAGCUUCUCUGCAUUUUUAAAUUCAAGCCAGUCGGGCCACAACAACAUCGAAACUCGUACGCAGCAACGACUCUGGCUUCAGCGGGAAAACUCCAUGAUGGAAAUUCCGUCUGUUGCUGAAGCCAACAAAAACUUCUCAAGCUACUCUUUGAACAAGCUCAUGUUUGCACACAACUACAACAAUAGCGCAACCAAUGUUCGGGACGCUGCUGGCUUUUCGCUAGGACUGAUGCCUGAAGCACAGUCUCAAGGCGAGAAAACACCAACGCCUUCCGAAAGCGUCACCAAUCUUUUCUACUUGAUUCAAGGCGGCCAUCAAAACUCGAUCCAGUCGCGGACAGAGUUCGAGCGGCUCAACAGAGACUAUGUCAAUGUCAGGCGUUACUUGAAUCCUGUUGCGGAGUCAUUGAGUCGGUUGGAGAAAAAGAAGGACGGCGAGCUCGAAGUGCAAAAGAGGCGACAGAAGAAGAACGGCUACACGCAUGCCGCCAACACUUUCCAUGACUUCCUGCCCAACUGGGACGAAAAGCAGGAGGAAGCAGAUGCGUUGGUGAACCAAAUGUGGCAAGCGGCGUUGAUCUCAAGCUCCUCCUCAAGCUCGUUGCUGCUCCAGGAGAAGGGGAGACAGGCUGUUCCUCGGAACCCGACUGCUCAAGCCCGCUCCGUUGCGCCCAUGACAAGAGCCGUGAAGCUCUCGCAAACCGCAGGGUCUCAGCGGUAG